UUUCUAAGGUUUCAGUUUAGUUCCAAACCAGGAUUUAAUCGAUAUUUACCUAGUUUUAAGACAAAGAUCUUUGCCAAUUUUAUUAAUUAUAUUAAAUCGUUUCCCCUUGAUUUUAGGUGAUGUACAGAACAGGUUUUGCAACAAAUGGUUUCCCCGUCCAAUACAAUGCCGGCUCCAAUGAGGGAAUUGCAGGGGACUAUCGUCAACAGAAUCGACAGCGUGCUAUUAUUAAUUUGAAACCGGAAUCAAGUAAUAUAUUUUCGCGACAACAAAACUAUGGGAUAAGAAACAACAACCAACAACAAAACACGGCUACUAAUCAGCUGAAGCAGAGUAACCUCUACGGCUCUAGCCCUGUUUUGAAUCUUAAUUCUCUUCCUUUCAAACUGGCCACCACUGGCACGCAGCAUUACGCAACGAACGAUCCAACACCGAAUACUUUAGGAAAUCGAAAGCAUUAUCAUAGUAGUGUCGAUGUUGCUGGAAAUAACUUUUAUAAUAACAACUUGAGGCAAAAUGGUCAUUUCAAUUCCACAAACACGGCAGAACAGAACAGCAAAAACACUCCAUCUUACUCAACAACAAAUAACGCUAAUAAUACUCCACGGACACAGCGUGAACAUUUCCAUACAACAACCACAACAUUAAAGAGCAGCAACAAAGAACUACCAAAUCAACAACAAAAAAAUUCCAUGGAUUAUAGGCAGAACGGUCCCAAUUCACUUUUGCCACCUGCUUCCAGCAAUGGUGCCUUCACACGGCGUCAUACGGCCGCAGGACCUCAUGAAUUCUCUACCCCGCAACAACCAAUUACUCAACAUAUUCCUGCUUACGGUGUGGAACAUUUGGCUUCAUUUGCAGUCGGAAAACUUUUUGGAUUGAUUACUCCUACGGAUGGUAUUCGAAAGUUGAAGCAAAUGGAAAGAAACAGCGCAAUUUGGUAG